AUGCCUGGCUCGUCUCUCUUUCCCGCAUAUCUUCAGGUCGAAGCGUUUGGGCCAGACGAAGACUACGAGCAAUGCGACGGUAAAGUUGAAGAGGAAGAGGUAUAUGUGACGCUCGACCUCGGAGCUGUGGAGCCAGCUCUGGUACCAAGUACCUCGUCCUAUCGUCUAAUUGGUUUGGAUACGCCCACUGCUUAUUUGCAACUAUCUGGUACGACAUUCAGAGGGCAGCACCAGUCUUUGCUAGGUACUGAGUUGUUAUUUGCUGAGGAAAAAGAUGAUCGCGGAGACCGCAGCAGGAAAUCUCUUGUGCAUGUUGGUUCGACAGAACACCGCAUUCGCUUCAAGGAAGUGGAGCUGAAGGAGAAAAAUAGUGGCACCACAUCUGAAGAUAGACAUAUCAAUUCCACGUUAAAGAAGAAAAUUCCCGAGACCAUGAACCAUUUGAUGGGUGUAGACAAUGACGCCUCGAGCUCCAAUGGUAAUAAUCGGGGGGGACCCAUCAAGGCCAAGGGGAAGAGGAAGGGGAAGGAGGAAGAGAAAGAGAGGGUGGUUGAUCAUCCUGAACACGCUCGCACAAAGUCUGGCAAAUCGCAGUCGAAGAAGAAGGACAAGGGAAAAGGACGUGCAGUGCAGCCAUCUGAAGUAGUCUCCGCCAAUGUACCUAGUGACGCUCUGGCUGAGGGCGGUCCACAACCAAUGGAUGUCGAUGAUGGCUAA